CGUACACUGCCUCACUACAAUGCCCGUUAUCACAUGUUCUACUUCGGACCAAAAUGUGCUACAAUGCUCAAACCAUUGCGGACGUGGAUUAAAGUGAUUGUUUCACUCAUUCGAAGACUUUUGAGUUUUCACACAUAAUGCCUUAUAUUAAGUUUCUGUUUGUACUUUUUUGCUUGAUACUGAUCGGGGAAUGCCGAAAGCACAAAAGUAGGAAAAGGAGGUGGUCCGGGGCGGUGGAAUCUCACAAGCAUGGCGCUCCCCUGACUGGAAAAAGGAUAGUUGAUAACACAAAAUCUCACAAAUUGAAGACAGACAACCUGCUGAGAGUGGAUGACCAUGAUUUCACCAUGAGACCAGCCUUUGCAGGCCCUGCUGUCCCUGUGGGGGUGGAUGUUCAGGUGGAGAGUUUGGACAGUAUAUCAGAGGUGGACAUGGACUUCACCAUGACUCUGUAUCUGAGGCACUACUGGAAAGACGAGAGGCUGUCCUUUCCCAGCACAACCAAUAAGAGCAUGACGUUCGACGGACGCCUGGUCAAGAAGAUCUGGGUGCCUGAUGUGUUCUUCGUCCACUCCAAGAGGUCGUUCAUUCACGACACCACCACGGAGAACAUCAUGCUCAGGGUGUUCCCAGACGGACACGUUCUCUACAGUCUCAGGGUGACGGUUACUGCUGCCUGUAACAUGGACUUCAGUCGUUUCCCUCUGGAUUCACAGACCUGCACGUUAGAGCUGGAGAGCUAUGCUUACACGGAUGAGGACCUCAUGCUGUACUGGAAGAGUGGGGAUGAGUCCCUGAGCACGGAUGACAGGAUCUCUCUGUCUCAGUUCCUCAUCCAGAAGUUUCACACUACCUCCAGACUGGCUUUCUACAGCAGCACAGGCUGGUACAACCGUCUGUACAUCAACUUCACCCUGCGACGCCACAUCUUCUUCUUCCUGCUCCAGACCUACUUCCCUGCCACUCUGAUGGUCAUGUUGUCUUGGGUUUCCUUCUGGAUCGACCGUCGGGCCGUACCGGCCAGGGUCUCAUUAGGUAUCACCACAGUGCUCACCAUGUCCACCAUCAUCACUGGAGUCAAUGCCUCCAUGCCCAGGGUUUCCUACAUCAAAGCUGUGGAUAUUUACCUCUGGGUCAGUUUUGUGUUUGUGUUCCUAUCGGUGCUGGAAUAUGCUGCCGUCAACUAUCUGACAACGUUGAGGGAUGGGAAAGAUCGGAAGCUCAGGGAAAAGGCCAGAGAGCAGUCUCUGGGCCUGGUGAGAGACCAGUCGCUCCCCUGCACAUGUGGCAUGUCCCACACCGGGACCAUGAUGGUGGAUGGGACCUACAGCGAGGCCGACACCAACAGUCUAGCCGGGUACACCAGGGCCCCCGCUCCCGAGGACCCCCCGGAGAAGCAGGAGCGCAUGGUGGUGCACAUCUCCUUGGACAACGAAUCCACGGCAACCAAGAAGAAGGCGCGCUUCCGCAACUUCAGUUUCAUGAAGAACACCCACGCCAUAGACACCUACUCCCGCAUGAUCUUUCCUGGAUCCUACAUCAUCUUCAACCUCAUCUACUGGUCUGUGUACUGCUGAGGCUCUCCCGAACAGCCUUGAUACAGUCAGCAGAGAGACAAUCUACUGAUGUUGCUGUGCCAGAUGAAACAGGACCGUUAUUUAACUCUGACUGACAAACUGAUUGACUAAAAGUGGUAAUGACCUCCAUAGUGCACAUUGAGGUGGUGGAUUUCUUAUAACACCUGUGCUCACCAGCAGCGCUCACAAAGGAUUUCACAGGUCUCUGGAUGGAUAAAACCAUUCUAUCCUCAAUAUCAGCUACAACCAUCUCACUACUUGACUCAACUGUACAGCUUUCCUACUUUCUCUAUAUAAACUAUUUACACAACCAUGCAGGUCCAAGCAACAAACUACGAUGGAAUACCUACCUGCUCUUCCCAUUUAUUGCAAUUUGAUCUCUGGAAUCUAUGCUGUUUUAUACUCAUGGUACUGUCAACGCAAGGAAACUAUGUCUGCAUUACUGACAGUAUACGUACAUCUGAAAUGGACUAAGUGUUGCCCAAGCUUGACUCUUUAAACAGAAAGCUUGAUCCAUAAUGCGAGGGUUUGACCUCGAAAUCAAUCGACUAUGUUGAUUUGGCAAGCACCAAUUGCUCAUGAGCACAUUGGAACACAGCCACACACUCAUGUCUUCUAGGAAUGCACCAAGUGUUAUUCUUUUUAAGAUUGAGCAAACCACACAAAAAUCUAAAUCUACAUUAUACAAGCUGGAAUUUUCAUGAAAUAGAUGUUCACUUAGAUUACAGUAUUUCAUUAUUUAUUCAUUAUCUGUUUAUUUAAUUAUUUAUUCAUUUUAGGCCUAGCAAUUUACUUACAUAAUACAUUUUUAGUGCACUCAUAUGCCAUUAUACCUUAAGUUGUUAAAAACAAUGCAUGGGGCUGAAUAGAUUUUUUCAUGGCUGGCCACAGAAAUUGUGAGGGUGGGUACUAUUUAUGAAUGCUUAUGUGAACUAUCAUUACGCUUGUUUCAGAAACUCAAUGUUAUCAACCAAUUAAAGUGCUGUUUCUGUUUGUAUGUUAUUCAGAAGGGGUUUUAAAGACUUAUAAACCUUUAUCAGUGAUGUAAUGAACUUGAACAGCCUUAAGUGAACUGGUUUCACAACUAUAUAUUUUGUGUUUGUUUUUUUGAUUGACUGUUUGGAUUACAAGUGACUGCAUAUAGUUUUUUUUAUCCAGUAUUCUAUCCAACCAGUAUAUUAGUACACAUGGUGUUGUAUGUAGUAUGUAGAUAGCCACAAGCAUGAGCUGGAUUUACUAGGCACCCAUAUUGCCACUGUAGACAUGUCAGCAUGUUGGACAAAUGCUCAACCAAUGCAAACCACCUCAUACAGAUGCUUGUCCACAAGCUGCACAACUACUGUAGACUGAUUAUUGUUGCAUGAAAUAUUUAGAAUGUAUGCUUUUUGGAGCAGAUUUAUAAAU